AUGGCCUAUAUUCAAAGCAUCUCGAUAUUGCUGAUCCUUUUUGCAGGUUUUUCCUGCCUUCCAAUUCCCCUCACCAAGGCAAGGCAGUUUAAACUGCUCAAUAAACAAGAAAAACAUGAUAUCCCGGCUUCUCUUCCUACCAAUGCUUCCCCUCAUGUUCUAGAACAAAAGCGCAUCCCCCCACCAACGAAUGAAAAACACGAAAUCGACAGUUCAGAUGCAAAGAAUGUACCCACAGAACCAGGAAACAGUCCUAGAACAGGUCACUCUUUUCCAUCCAGAAAGGAAAACGUUCAAGGAAAGAUCGACGAUUUUAGACACACAGAAUCCGGACCCAGUCCUGGUUUUUCCUGCCUUCCAAUUCCCCUCACCAAGGCAAGGCAGUUUAAACUGCUCAAUAAACAAGAAAAACAUGAUUUUCCGGCUUCUCUUCCUACCAAAGCUUCCCCUCAUGUUCUAGGACAAAAGCGCAUCCCCCCACCAACGAAUGAAAAACACGAAAUCGACAGUUCAGAUGCAGAGAAUGUACCCACAGAACCAGGAAACAGUCCUAGAACGGGUCACUCUUUUCCAUCCAGAAAGGAAAACGUUCAAGGAAAGAUUGACGAUUUUAAACACACAGAAUCCGGACCCAGUCCUGGUAUAGGUCAUUGA